GAGCUCCAAGCGCGCGUCGCCGAGUGGGAGGAGCAGGCGGACCAGGCGCCGCGCGGAGACCUCCGGGGCCUCGGCGGCGGCGCGGCGGACCGGCUGCUCCCCUGGCCAGCGCCAGGCCUCCCCGCCGGCGCGUGGCGGCUGCUCGCCCGGGCCGAGCGGGUCUGCGCCGGCGCG